AUGUCAUCAGAUUCUUUAUCAAAAGUUCAACCAGAUCUACUUUUGCUUGAUAGUCCAAAACAAGUGUCACAUUUGAUUCCACUUGACGAUACGAAAUCACUGAAUCGAUCUGCAGCCGUGUAUAAAAAAGAUCUGGAAGCACCCAAAUAUUUGGUGACAAAUCAGAACGAUCAUGAAUUGUUAGGCAAGCAUUCUCGAAUGCGUAGAACUGUUGCAAAUGUUAUCGAUGAAUGUCGUACAAUUGGUGGAAAUGCAUAUGCUGAACAUUUUUUGAGAGAAUUGAAAACAGCGUCUCAGAUAAACCGUGGACCUCCGGGAAUAUCGCGUAGUUCACAUUUACACUGGGAUUUGUUGCUUGGGAAAGAUGAGACAAUCGAGCCAUGUGAUUACUUGAAUUUUGAUUAUACUGUUUGA